GCUUCCGGCUCGCCUCGGAGCCAUGGCGACCGUGGGGGGAUUGAGGUACCUAGUGCCAUCAGGCAGAUGGCGCCGCGGCCUUCGAGUAGCCCCCCAGUCCCGGGCGCUCGCCUCCCUCGUGCCCGGCGUGACCCAAGUAGACAACAAGUCCGAUUUUCUGGAGAAGAGGCCGCAUCGCCAGCACCCUGGCAUCCUGCAGCUACCGCACGUGCGGCUGCCGCGGGCACUCGCUGACGCUGCGCAGUUACUGCUGCUCGAGAGCACCGCGCCCAGUGCGGAGAAGCAGGUGCAAGCACUGACCAAUUAUCUCUGGAGCCGACAUUUACCUGCAGAGCCAGAGGAGUUGCAAAGACGGGCUGUGCACCUUGAGAAAAAAUUCUUGGAAAACUCGGACUCACUGAAGACAGAGGAGAACUUCAUGGAGCAGUGCUAGAUGCCUGGCAUAAAACUACCUACCACUGGAAAAAACUGAGAUGGGCUCGAAUUCCAGAGUUCCAGCCACAAACCUUGAAGGACUUUGGUUCAGGUACUGGUUCUGUCACCUGGUCUGCUCACAGUACUUGGGGCCAGAGCCUAUGUGGAAUAUAUGUAUGUGGACAGCUCAGCUGCCAUGUUGAAUCUGGCAGACAAGCUACUGAAAGAUGAGGAUAAGGUAUAAGGAAGGGCUCUUCCAAAGUUGAGGGAGUUAAAAAGUAAAGCAGUACUAGAAAGCAUGUUUUAUUGGGAAGGAGAGGAGCGGGCUAAAAGUUAAGAUGAAGUUGGUCUCCUUCCAAUGCUGGGGUCAAGCAGAGAGUGUUAGAGGCCAUUGCUGGACUGUGGGUGGGUUGAGUAAGGUUAUAAGGACAGAAGACCCAGUAUUCUCUUUGCCCUUUUUAAUACUUACGCUGUCACCUCUC